UUCACUGGAUCCGUCUGCAGUAUUUGUGGACGAACAUGUAAACAAAUUACUGUCUACUGUCACAACCUGGAAAGAAGUUUUCAUAUCUAGCAAUGGAUGACAUGAAAGAUAAAAGUAUUCACCUGUCAGUUGAAAAACUAUCAGAAGAAAUACAGAACAUGAAAAUAUACAAAGAUUUUUAUACUGAUCUACAAAAGUUAGCAGCUUCUACAAGUGUCAAAGAAGACAACUUCAAGGAGACUCUGUUAGAGGCCAUGAAAGAGUCAGGGAUGGAAACUGAACUUCGGAAUACAGUUUUCCAUUGGAUGAGGUCUCAUAACAACCAGAUACAAGUCACUGCCAAUUCUUAUAAGGAACCGCUUGCAUAUUUGAGAAAAGCUCAGAUGCAAUGGGAGAAACGCAUUCACAAAUCAUUAAACUCUAUGUGCACUGAGAUUGGAGUGUCACUGGCCAGGUUCCGCUUAGCUUCAGACAAAGAUGAGCUGGAGGAGAAGUGGAAUGAGUUGAGCACAUAUGAUAUUGAUUUAACACCAUACAGACCAGUGUACGCUCCAAAAGAUUUCUUGGAAGUUCUGCUGUGGAUAAGAAGCCCUAAUUACAGGCCAAUUGAUGCUUUUUACAGUGGGGAAGGCAACUGGGAUUUCACACAAAUACCUCUAAAAGUAAAAACUCUCUCCGAACUGAGACAGCUGUACCAACAGAUCACAAGGGGGGAGCCUUUACUGGGAGUUAACCCCAACAUGUGCUCGGCCAGCAGCCACUACCUGACUUUGGACGCAGAGAGAACUGCUUUGGGCGAGAAAGUAUUGGCCAGUAAUCAUGCUCCAGUUGCUCAGGAGUUUCUCAAGAGGGGAGCCCCUCGCAGUCUUAGGGGUCGACUCUGGGCUCAGGUCAUGGGCUCGGACAUAAAGCCUGUGCAUAGAGAAUACUUUGCAGAGUUGAAGCAAGCUGUGCUGCAAUAUGAUCUCAUGAUUGACAAGCUUAUCAUCAAAGACGUCCAACUUACAGCCUCAAAUGAUGACCAAUAUUUUGUUUUUGAAGACAUGCUUUAUCAGGUGUUGUUAUGUUUUUCCCGAGACACUGAGAUCUUGACGGUGUUCAACCAUAGCUCCAGCAGCCCGAUUCAUGGUAUCCUGAAGUCAAAACCAGCCACCAUAGAAAACACGGUGGUGUACCCUCCCAGCGGUGUCAUACCUUUCCACGGUUUCACCAUGUACGCCACAGCCUUCUGCUACCUCUAUGAUGACCCAUGUGCUCUUUACUUCACGUUCCGAGCGUUUUACCUGCGCUAUUGGUUCCGCCUGCACGAAGUCAGCUCACACGAGCAAGGAAUCCUCUCGCUGUGUCUACUGUUCGAGCGACUGCUCCAGCGACACGAGACUCAGCUCUGGAUUCAUUUCAAGAUGAUCAACGUUCAACCGAUCCGGGUGGUGUUCAAGUGGCUGAUGAGAGCUUUCAGUGGCCACCUGCCUCCGGAACAGCUACUUUACCUGUGGGAUACAAUCAUUGCCUUCGACUCUCUUCAAGUUAUCCCCCUCCUGGCCGUCUGCAUCCUCAGUUUCCGCCGGGAGAACUUGCUACAAGUUGACACACUUCAGAAUGUUGAGGCUGUGUUGGCUGAUCUCUCCUCUCUGCAAGUCAUGCCUCUCUUACAGAUUGCUCUCAUGAAGGACAGCCACUGGCACACAGACUGAUUGCAACUUUCUUUACAAUAUAUGUUAUUUUAGAUUAUCAAUUGUUAAAACUGUUGUUUGCUCCAUUAAAGUUUUUAUUAAAAUA